GUCCCCGUCCCCUUCCCCACCUCUCCUUGGUUGCUGUCCCGUGCAUCUCCCAUUUUCUUUAUUACCGGUCAACCUGCGGCCGCACGCAACCGUUAUCACCGCCACUAGAAGGAUAAUGGCCCCGUUGUACGGAGAUAACCUUUUCCCGGAGUUAAACAUGGACCUAGUUGGGAACUUGAUCCGCGGUUUAAACAUCCUCGCGUGUUAUAAAGUGUUGGUGACGCAGGUCAGUCUAGUUCAUUCAGUGAAUUGGACCGGACGACAGUAAGAAAUCAUAGAACGAAUGCCAACACUUCCGGUCAGAAUGUCGACUCACAAAGCCCUGGUGCUCCACGCCCGGGACCAGCCACUCAUCCUUGAAACUGUCCCCCGGCCCAUCUCAUCAACCGGUGACGCGAUUGUUCGCAUCCUCGCUGCCGAUAUCGUACCCUACAUGGGAGACGUGAUUAGCAACAAGCGUCCUUACCCGCUCUCCGUGCCCAUGACACCGGGGAACACCGCCAUUGGCCGAAUACACGAAGUUGGACCGGAUGCCGUGGACCUAACACCUGGCCAGCUCGUCUUCUGCGACAUCACCAUUCGCGCCCGAGAUAACCCGGCCGUCUCUAUCCUCUAUGGUGUCCAUGGCGGCGGAUAUCCCGCAGCACAGAAACUCAUGGACGGCGUCUGGCGUAACGCGACGUACGCUGAGUACGCGCGAUUCCCGUUAGAGAAUCUGUACCGCCUGGAUGAAGCGCUUCUUCUUGGGCCACUAGGAUACAGCAUUAAUGAUCUCUGUCUCUUGCCAGUGUGCCUUGUUCCGUUUGGCGGUCUUUCGGAGGUCGGCUUGAAGCCUGGCGAGGUAGUGAUCGUGGCUCCCGCAACAGGGCGGUACGGCGGCGCCGCUGUGAACAUUGCCCUGGCAAUGGGCGCGACGGUGAUCGCUGGUGGGCGGAACCAGACCAUGUUAGAGAAGCUUAAGAGCAUUCAUGUUACAAAUCGACUAAGAACGGUCCGGAUCACCGGGGAUACCGCCGCUGAUACAGAAUUGUUCCGUACAGCAACUGGGAAGCCGGAUGGAGCAGACGUGUAUCUGGAUCUUUCGCCACCAGCAGUUCAGGGGUCAUCGCUCCUAGCAUCUGGCAUUCGAUCAUUGCGUGCCUUCGGUCGAUGCGUUGUUAUGGGAGGCAAUUCGGGAAAUCUCGACUUCCCUUACCUCGAGAUCAUGUUCAAGAGUAUUCGAAUCCAGGGGCGGUUUAUGUACGAUCGCCAGCAUGUGCAGCAGAUGAUCCAGAUGGUCGAGUCGGGAUUGCUUCCUCUUGGCAGCAAGUCUGGUGUCUCUCAGACGAAGGUGUUUGGGCUUGAAGAGAUCCAACAGGCGUUGGAGUCCGCUGGUAAGCUGAGCGGUUGGGGUGAGCAUGUGGUGCUCAAGCCGUAGAGUAUGCAAAGCCUCACACCAGCCGGAGACUCUAUGUGCUAUCUCCGUGGAGUGGAUGGGCAGAAUCCCGGGCUCAGCUCGCAAGGCAGCUGGGUAGUUGCAUGGGUAGUCUCAUGUGGACGACACUUUGAAAUCAAUUCCCAUUCCAUAUAUGCCGGCUGGAUUUCAUCCGCUAAAAUGUUGGUUAAAAUGUUCC